GUCAGCCUGAAUAAAUGGAGAAACGUGAUUCUAUAACAUGCCUCCUCGGUGGCUGAAAUAAAUGUCGAGAUUGCCGUCUCUGCGGUUAUUAACUGAAGGCUGUUGUCACCUUCGCAUCCUCGUCACACAUCGUGGGUCUGCCGUUAGGACGUAUUCUGACUAUCGCGAACGAACAAAAUACCUUACGCCUCGCAGAAAAAUUUUCCCCGCUCCUCAGAGGACCUCUCGGUUACAGACGAUCAGACGCAUUCCGGAGUCCAUGCGAGAUCGCGAAAUCGAAGACCAUCUUCCCGAACCGUUGAGCAAGAGGCAGCGUACGUCGAUGACAACCAUCGAGGACGAGAAGGCUGAAGCAAUGGCUCAUAAAACAAAGGCCCAGAUAUUUGAGGGAAGCCCGCAGCCGUUAGCCAGCAUAGUGCUCACACCCAUUGAAAAUACUCUAAGAACUCUCCUCCUCGAUGUCGCCUACUACAUCCGCGAACAGGAGAUCGUGGCAGGUGGUGCAGAAGUCGUUGGUCAUCCUGAAACAGUAUUGCGAUUUACAGGUGGCUGGGUGCGGGAUAAACUCCUAGGAGUCGAUAGCCAUGACAUUGACGUGGGAAUCAACACUAUGACUGGCUAUCAGUUCGGUAUGGCCUUGAAGCAGUACUUGGACAACCCGCAGAACCUAGAAAAGUACAGGAAGAAUCACACCAAUGGCGUUUUGAGAGAUGAAAUUGUUAGCCUUCACAAGAUUGAGGCCAACCCCGAGAAGUCGAAGCAUUUGGAAACAGUCACAACGAAGAUCUUUGGUUUGGAUGUCGACUUGGUCAAUCUCCGUAAGGAGACUUAUUCGGAGGAUAGUCGAAAUCCCCAGAUGGAGUUUGGAACGGCGGUAGAAGAUGCCCUGCGUCGCGAUGCGACGGUUAAUGCACUUUUUUAUAACCUCAACGAAUCCAAGCUGGAAGACCUGACUGGUCGAGGCUUAGAGGACAUGAAAAACAAGCUUAUUCGAACACCAUUGGAGCCAUAUCAGACCUUCAAAGAUGACCCGUUACGAGUCCUACGUCUGAUCCGGUUUGCCAGUCGACUAGGAUACCGUAUCGAUGAGAAUACUGUAAAGGCAAUGCAAAAUAGGGACAUCAGUGCUGCUCUCAAGCUUAAGAUCAGCAAGGAACGAGUGGGUGCGGAAAUAGAAAAGAUGCUUCGAGGUACGUUGCCAUUAGUGCUAUAUGAAUGGUCACCUUACAGAGCAACAGGUCCCGAUCCCCGUGGUGCAUUGCAUAUUAUCGAUCGUUUAGGGCUGUAUCCCACUGUUUUUGCCAAUCACCAGGACAGCGUGAGUGUCGAUACAUCGUCAUGGUCCCUUGCCUACGAUUCCUUGGAGAAACUUCUGCAUGCCAAAGCUGGAGAUAAAGAGAAUUCAGGAGCCGUUGUCGAACACGUACGCAAUAAACUCAUACGCAACGCAGACGAGGCUUACUAUGCAUGGGUCAUAGCUAUGUUUGCCCCAUGGACUACCGUCCCAGGUCGUAUAGCUAAAGGCCCCAAGGCAAAGCCGCUUCCUCCACGGGCCGCCGAAGUUGCGAGAGACAGUCUGCGCUCGGAUAAUAGAACUACGACUUUAUUAAGCAUCGCCUCGAAUAACUUCGAAGACAUAAUUAGCAUAAAAUCGUCUCUCCUGGACAAUAGCAUAAGCGGAAUAUCUGCGGAAGUUCGACAGAAGAUCGGGCUGCGGAUUAGGUCAUGGAAGAAAGAUUAUAGGCUCUGCAUGGUCCUCGCCAUCCUACAGGAGAUUAUGAGAGGAGAGAAUUUCUUGCAAGUACUUCAAACAUAUGACAAAUUUCUUGCAUACAUGGUCAAGAAUGACCUUGAAGAUGUCAAUGAGAUGAAACCAAUAGUAAAUGGAAGCGAGAUUAGCGAGGCGCUGGGCGUGAAGUCAGGGCCGUGGAUGAGCAAGGCACUGGACAUAGUCAUUAAAUGGCAACUUCUGCACCCGGACAUUACUGAGAAGGAGAAAGCGUUGCAGGAAUUGUCUAGUAGACGAGCAGAGCUGGGACUCACCCCGAAAGAGUGAAGAUUCAUGAGUAGAAAAAAUUGACGGUUCGGUGGAAGAACCUCGACCAGAAAAUAUAACUACGCGUCAAC